GGGCGGGGUUGGAUGUCAGGAUGCAGCGCACAUGGGCUUUUUCGUCUAAUGGUUGCAGACGUGCCUUCUAGUGGCUUUGGUUGUACGAAAUUUGUCCCACAAAAGUCACAUCAUCAUCAUCAUCAUCAGUGAAGCUCCUCCCACAGCAAUCACACAUUCAGCAAUUCACCAAUAAAUGCUGGAAUAUUCCCAUCAGUUUACGAGUGAAGACAGCAUCAGAGCAUCAGGAAGAGCUGAAAUCUGCAGAGACUGAGUUUAUUAAAGAGGACAGAGAGAAGAUGAGAGAUCCAGAACCCUGCAGAAUCAAACACACUGAAGAUACUGAACAACAAACAGAGUUGAUUGAAGAUAAUGAGGAGAAAGAAGAAUUGAGUGAAUCUGAGGAGAAAAAUCAUGUCAAAAGUGUAGAAAAACCAAAACGGAAAGAUUUAAAGAAAAGAAGAGCCAAGAAAUCUUUCACCUGCACUCAGUGUGGAAAGAGUUUCACAAACAAACAACAUCUUGAUGUUCACAUGAGAGUUCAUACUGGAGAGAAACCAUUCACUUGUGAUCAGUGCGGGAAGAGUUUCUCAUACUCAUCAAACCUUAAGAAACACAUGAACAUCCACACUAGAGAGAAACUGUACAGAUGUGAUCAGUGCGGGAAGAGUUUCUCAUACUCAUCAACCCUUAAGCAUCACAUGAACAUCCACACUAGAGAGAAACUGUUCAAUUGUUAUCAGUGCGGAAAGAGUUUCACACGCAAAUAUUAUCUUGAUGUUCACAUGAAUGUUCAUACUGGAGAGAAACUGUUCACUUGUGGUCAGUGCGGGAAGAGUUUCUCACAAUCAGCAAACCUUAAGAAACACAUGAACAUACACACUAGAGAGAAACUGCACACAUGUGAUCAAUGCGGGAAGAGUUUCACCCUAUCAUCAUACCUUAAGCAACACAUGAACAUCCACACUAGAGAGAAACUGUUCAAUUGUUAUCUGUGCGGAAAUAGUUUCACACGCAAAUAUUAUCUUGAUGUUCACAUGAAUGUUCAUGCUGGAGAGAAACCGUUCACUUGUGAUCAGUGCGGGGAGAGUUUCUCACAAUCAUCACACCUUAAGAGACACAUGAACAUCCACACUAGAGAGAAACUGUACACAUGUGAUCAAUGCGGCAAAACAUUUUUGACAGACCUGAAGCAGCACCUGAGAGUUCAUACAAAGGAGAAGCCACAUUCAUGUCAUUUGUGUGGAAAGAGUUUUUCACGUCUACAAAGUUUUAAAAAACAUCAGAAAAUACACACUGCUGUGAGAGAGUACAUGUGCUUUGAGUGUGAAAAGACUUUUAUUUCAGCGAGCUGUUUAAAACUGCAUGAGAUGAUUCACACUGGAGAGAAACCUUACAUGUGUUCACUCUGCGACAAGAGAUUCAGUGUGCCAUCACAUCUGAAAACACACGAGAGGAUUCACACUGGAGAGAAACCGUUCACUUGUGAUCAGUGCGGGAAGAGUUUCACACUAACAGGAACCCUUAAGAGACACAUGAACACCCACACUAGAGAGAAACUGUACACAUGUGAUCAAUGCAGCAAAACAUUUAAGAGAGCUUCAAACCUGAAGAAACACCUGGUAGUUCAUACAAACAGAGGCGGACAAAGUACACAACUUCCUUUAAGUUGACCCUUAGGAUUUUUCUUGCAACCCAAGUAUCACUAAGGGUUCCCUUAACCUUAUAAAUUAGGUAUUUCUUAGCUUAAGGGCUUUCAUGCAACCGGACCCUGAUUAAAAAGAAAUAUCAGUGUCUUGUAUAAAUUAGGUGUUUAUUAUUUACAAAUAAUACAGUUCUUAAUGGGAAAAUCACCCAAAAAUUUUGAGGGGGCCCCAUAGCAAAUUUAGUGCACAGGGCCCAGAAUUCCUAGCGACAGCCCUGGUUAUCCUCCUGUCUGUCAUGCGUGCUGGCUGUUGGCCAGUUCUCAGGUUAGUGUCUGUUUUAAAGAUGCAUUUUGCCUGUUCAAUGGAGAGGCUUAUUACCCUGUUUGUUUUUAGUCAUGGGCCUUCAAGCACCUGUAAUCCUGCGUGGUGAGCGACCAUGUGUAUUGCAGAAUUGUACUGUUUCCUAGGUAUGUAUGGAGAAUUUAUGGUUUGUUUUUAACAAGAGUUUUUAAGUAAAUUUUCCUGUUCAGUGUCCGGCAAGUUUGAUUGCACGUCCAGGGGUUUCCGAUGAUCUUAAUUGAAGUCUAACGAACAUCAAGUAACUGACUGCACUGCUGCACUGAUUUGUCUUUGUGUUUUAGUUUCAACAGUGUUGUCUGGAACUCACCUGGGUCCGUUCUGGUAUUUUGUUUAUUUUAUUUGUGUUUGAAACUCUAGCGCAGGAUUGCGCUGGUCUGCACGUGAGUUAGCUGGGAGGCUAGGUUUUGUACUCUGGCUCUUCUUGGCCAUUUUAUUUCCUUCCUCAGUGCCAGUGGCUGUAUUUGUGCUCCGGUGUUUUUGUGUGUAAACUGUUAUUGAAUUGACUUUGCAUUUGUAUGCAUUUUGUAUUGUUUUGUGUGUGGAUUUAGGUCUUUAAAGUGGGAUGUGUUGUCCACAUGGAGUGCUGUGCUUAAUAUUUUGCCUUGUUUUUCACAAGAGUGUGUGUCAUGGGUAUUGAGAGUGGGGUAGAAAUUUGAGGGUCUCCUGUUGGCCACCUCCCUCUUUAUUUUUGCUUUAUCUUUAUCAUCUAAUCAUUAUGUAUGUUAAUGGUAUUGUGUUAGUGAUGUGAUUUGAGACCGUGUGUGGCAUUGUAUUGACUGACUGUGUUUUUAUUAAUUGUAUGUUUGAAUAAAGUGAUUUUCUUGUUGAUAUUACUGUUUAUAUUUUCAUGCUCACCCUGCCUUUAGCAACGGACCUGUGUGCCCUUGUUUAAGACUGUUCUGUCCUGGUGUAUUCCAGGUGGCAGUCGAUUAUAGCAUUUUUGUUGUUCCUGGGAACUUCCCUUACCUGACCACUUAUUGCCACAUUCAUAUAAAAUUUUCCCUUUUUUACAUGCAUUUUGUAAACCCUUUGUUAUCCAUGGUCUCAUUAAAUUUGUGUUGUCUUUUUCUUUUCUUUUUUUUUUUUAAAGGACCGUGUUUAUCUGACUUUGGUCCUGAGCUUACUACUGCGCAGACUCACCUCCACUUCGCUCACUACAGCGCAGACGUGGGUCCUGAGCUCACUACUGCGCAGACUCACCUCCACUUCGCUCACUACAGCGCAGACUUGGGUCCUGAGCUCACUACUGCGCAGACUCACCUGCACUUUGCUCACUACAGUGCAGACUUGGGUCCACAGCUCCAUUUCGCUCACUACAGCACAGCCUUGGGUCCAGAGCUCACUACUGCACAGAUUCAGCUCCACUUCACUCACUACUGAACAGACUCGGGUCCCGAGCUGACUACUGCGCAGACUCAGGCCCAAAGCUCACUACAGCGCAGUAAAUAAACGGCUCAUGUGUCUGCAGCUAACUCACUCACACACACACACACAUACACAUACACAUACACAUACAUAUAUAUAUAUAUACACACACACACACACACACUUUUAUCUUAAAGACCAAAGUCUUCUGGCGAUAGUGAGACACAUGUUUAUUAUGUAUUAUAUAAUUAUUAUUUCACAUGAUGACCUUAACACUUCUUCAUGUGUAAUUGUCACGGAUCAGCCAGGCUCAUUCACCUCCCAAUCACAGUGCACUCCAUCACCUGAGUAUUAAUCACAUGCACCUGCACUUCAUCAGCACCCUCAUCAGCCAACAGUCAAAAGCACACACACCUCACCCCAUCUCACUGUCCGAUCUCGUCUGGAUCAUCCGAAAUGGACUCUACAAGCUACUAUAGCUAGUUACCUGCUAACUUACCUUGAAAACCAGUGUUGGGUGUAACGCGUUACUAAGUAAUUAAAUUACUUAUCCACUGAAAAUAUAAAGUAAGGGAUUACUGUUCAUUUUUAGGUAAUUUAAUUACAGUUACUUAUAAAGUGCUUGUGUUAUAUACAGUAAAUAAUUUCAACAGUUAAAAAAUCAAUAUUGAAUUUGAAAUGUAAAUUUACCGUCUAAAGAUAAAAUUGAAUGCAGCGGCGUUAACCCUCCUCACGCCGGUUCGUUCACUUUCAGAUUUUCCUGAUUCACAGAGAAACCUUAAAUACUCAGAUACAUAUAAGGAGGGUUGCCAACCAUCCCGUAUUAGCCGGGACGUCCCGUAUUUUGGGUCUAAUUGAUUCGUCCCUUACGUGACUUCUCUUAUCCCGUUUUUUGACUGCUACACUGAUCUAACCACUGACUGAUACAACAGCAGCAGUGCUGCUGAGAAUGAUCACUUGAGAAUGAUCACCAAUACCUGUCAUCAUCCAAUCACAGCCCCUCUCACGUAGUAUACGUUAAGUAGGCUAAAUCAGAAAUCGUGAACCUAACUGUUCGAGGAAGGCUGCGGAAUCCUCUGCGGCUCGUUGCUCCUGCCUCACAGCAAGCGCCGCUCGCAUUUAGAGCCCUGCCCCGACUUUUUUACGCCCCUAGGGCCGGGCUUCGGGCCAAUUUUCACGUCGUAAUUCAGACGCGGGCCAGGCCUCGGGCCUGUUUUAGGUUUCUCCUUAUUUUUAUAUUUUAGACAUCCAUCGAUUAGUGAUGAAAAAAAAUUGCCACGCUGGUGGAAACAACACGAGACCGUGCUGCCGCGACUGAGAGCGGCUCGGCGGUGUUUAGUGUCCUGCAGCAGCAGCUAGCAUAAGUGACUUCAGCGCAGCUGAAGAGUUCUGCAUUCAAAUGCACGCAAUAGGCUAAAGCUUGCCGCAAAGCCCCAGAAAACAUGACCAUGAAUGUGUCUGCAGGAAACAGUAAGGAGAUAUUUGAAUUAUUUACUAAUAAACUAACGUUUUCUGAGUCCGUGUCGCAAGGAUGAAGUUGCUGAUCCUGACUUGCCGUCUUCUCAUUAGACGCGCCUUUAGAGAGAAGUGCAUCUUUAUUGAUUAUGAUAAAGUUUAUAAUAAAAGAUUAUAAUUUUUAUUUCGUUAAGUGAUCAUUUAAAGCUUUCUAUAGAUAUAUUUAUCAUGUCUGUGAGGCAUGUAUUCGCUCAGCUUCGGUUCGUUUUUGUGAAGCGCUCCUGUUCAAGACGAGGCGGCAGAAAGCGCAUCAUGUUUGUUUUCUUUGUUUUAUAAAAGCACAACGUUUUGUUGAUAUUGUGAGUGCACACAAAUAAAAGUAGACCCUUUACCAGAGCCGAUCCUUCUUAUACGCAGAAUGCGCAAGCUGCAUAGGUCCCCCGAAACACCAGGGGGCCCCCUUGCCUUCAAAGAUGUUUUAAUUUUAGUUUCAUUUUUGAAUUUGGCCAGCGGUUAUGAAAACAUGCAUGAUCAUAUCUUUUAAUGCGGUGCGCUGUCACCCUCUCUACGUAAAAAUCAGUCAAAUCAUGUAACGUGAAUGUUGCACAGUCUCUUGCUCGAGACUAAAAAAAGUGAGUUGAAAGCGCAUCGAGCCGCGGAAGAGAUACUGUAUCUCAACGCUUUCCGUGAGCGCGAUUCAAGACGGAGUGAAACACGGACAAAUGCAUUUCAUCCAUUAUUUCAAGACAUAUGUAAAAAGUUUAUUUAUUUAGCACAUUUCAUACACAGUGGUAAUUCAAAGUGCUUUACAUAAAAGGACGUGAAAUAGUCAUUAAAAAAUAAUAAUAAUCACAACAAUAAAAACAAGCAAUUAAAAAAAUAUGAUAAUAAUCACAACAAUAAAAACAAAAUGGUAUAAAAAUUAAUUUAAAACAGGUAAGAAUAGAAAAUGGUCAAGUCGAGUCAUCUUUAUUUACAGUAUAUAGCACUUUUAACAAUACAGAUUGUGUCAAAGCACUUAACAGUAUCAAAUUGGAGGAUAGAGUGUCAGUAAUGUAUAAUCAUAAGAUUAAACUCUCAAUUUUCAGUUAAAGGCAUUUCUUUAUUGAAUUCAGAGAUGUCAUUGUCUAGCUCAGUUUAGUUUAAAUAGUAUCUGUGCAAUCAAAUCGACGAUAAUCGCUAGAAAUUAAGUGUCCCCAACUGAGCAAACCAGAGGCGACAGCGGCAAGGAACCAAAAGAUUCCCGUGGUCUUGUCCCGAUGGAGCAUUUUAAUUUAUAAUUUAAUGUAUUUGUUAUAUUUUUAUAUAUAAAGUUUUUCAUUUAUGAUAUUUAUUAAUUUGCUGUAAUUGUAAUGUAUAAUUUAAUGCAUUUAUUGUUUCUCUGUCUAUUUUUAUAAUAUAUAUUUGUUUGUUUAUUAUAAUUUAAAUGUAUGUCUCUGGGGCUCAUCUAGGUGUCCAGGUCUCCGCUGACGAUCAGGGCUGUAGACAUCAUCUCUUGGUGCUGAUCCACCAUCUGAUUGGAUACGGACUGAGAAAAAGAAUAAGAAAGAAACAGACAAAUAUUAGCGUAGAUGCCAUUCUACUUACGAUGUAACGAGUACAUCGUGUGUUAUGGGGAGUGCUAAAUAGGAAAAGGAUCUGCUGCCCGCAGUCGAUUUUGAUAUUCUCUGUAUUAUCAAACGGCCAGAGUUUUGAGAACACAGCGGACGUGGAGGACUAUAAUGUGAUAAGAACUCGCUCAAGUACUGAGGAGCUAUGCCAUUCAGGACUUUAUAUUAUACAUAGUGCAAUCAUUUAACGAACAAAAAUACUCCAAACAUUUUUCUAAAUUAACGUAAUAAAAAACUAAACGAAAUAUAAUAAUUUUGCCAUUACAUACAAAACUGAACUAUUUUAAUAGCCGAAACAGUAGUACAAGCUGUUUUGGGAGAAGGGGGAAAAAAAGACUGGCUCGGGUCAGACUCGGGCCGGUAAUUCUGAUAAGCUGUCAGACACAGGCCUGGCCAGGGUCUAAAUUUGAGGCCCGUGCAGGGCUCUACUCGCACUAUCGCCAAUUCCGUCUGUGUUUUAACUUCAGUAAAUCAGUUUUGGUGAAUACAAACAACGUGAUUAUUUUUCAUGAGUCCAACAUCCCGCCGCACAAGAGACAUGUUCAGUAAGACGUCUUUCACUAUUGUAAUGUUGUUAAAUAGAGAAAAACAUUUUAUAUUUAAGUAGGCUAACUAAUAGCAUAAUUCUUAACCUUAUUCUUGAAACACAAAAUGACCAAUAAAAAGGUGUCAAGCACCAAAAGCAGCCCAUAUUAAAUCCAUAAGCUGUCUUUAAUUGAAAAAUAUGCAUUGUGUGUGUGUGUGUGUGUGUGUGUGUGUGUGUGUGUGCACGGUUACUCAUCCAACGCAAACGCCCACACCUAGAUAAAAAACAAAAAAAACAAAAAACAAAUCAAGAUUCAUCUAAUUUUCAUCAUUCUUGAAAGAAGACCUGCUAUGAGGAAUUUACCUCAAGAACAGCACGACCUGACAUGGAUUUAUUCAGCAGAGAAGAUCAUUUCUGUAAUUUAUUCUUACCUACAUUAGUUAACAUGUUUUUACAUAAACCUGUAUGGAUUUUACUAGUUGGGCUUUUACUGAACAUCUUGCCAAACUGAAAUGUAUUGUUUAACUUAAGCUUUUUUGUUAUUCAGAUAUUUUGCAGAGUAUUUAUAUUUGUUAACCAAAGAAGGUUACAUUUUUUAUAAAAAUGUUUAAGUAUUAAAGUUGUGUUAAAGCUAAAAGGCUAAACUAUUCUAUGUUUGACUCAAAUUGAAAGAAUACACAGUUUAAUUUCUAUUAAGGUUUAUAGGGAUUUUAAGAUGGAGCCUAAUUAGCGAUUUGAAUAAUUAAGUUACUUACUGAGUAACUAAGUUACUUUUCAGUCAGAGUAAUGCUGACUUGAGACUCGAACUUGCAACCUUUGCGUUAUGAGUCAGACUCUCUAACCUUUAGGCCACGACUGUAACGAGGAGUAAAAUUUCCAGUUUUAGCUAUAUGGAGUCUACACAAGUCUAAUGAUCUGAGAUGUCAUCGCUUUGCUGCAGAAUUUCAACACCAUUAACAUCAAUUCCAUGUGACAGUAUUCAAUUUAAAGUAUGAUUUUGACAAUGGGUGGGUUCUGACACGUGUUGUCUAACCCCAAUAGAGAUCAGAAUGUCUACGAAUGCUGAUUCUAAUGCAUCUUUUUCAUUAUCAACAUGGAUAUUAAAAUCAGCAACAGCCAGCACUAACUCUGAAAGAAAAUCAGCAAAUUAUUUUAAUAAAGUCUGUAUGGUGCCCUGGUGGCCUAUAUACAAACAUCACAGGAGAUUUAUCAUUAACACUUGUUUCUCUGGAUAAUGUUAUAUGAAGCAUCAUUACUUCAUACGAGUUAUACUCAAAGCCUGCCCUCUGAGAAACACUGAAAAUAUUGCUAUAAAUUGUAGCUAAUGUGGCUCAUGUUUAUAACAGUAAUCUUGGGGGGGGUUAGUCUCAUUUAAAAUAUUAUAUUCAUCUGGUUUUAGCCAGGUUUCUGUCAAACAGAGCGCAACGGAGCGGGUAAAGUGAGCCGGCGCACUCGUGAAGCUUCGUCAGCCCGGAUUAAGAACAGCGUUGCCUAGCAUUCAUCAAGCGAAUCUCCACUCUCUACCCAACAAAACGGAUGAACUCCUUCUGCUCUCCUGGACAAAUAAGGAUUUUUCAGACUCUGCUGCUCUGUGUUUCAAGGAAACUUGAAUUACGCCAUCCCAGACAGCGUGCUACAUCUGCCGAACUUUCAGAGCGGAUCACGAUGCAGAAUCAACGGGGAAAUCGCAAGGCGGCGGGACGUGCUUUUACAACAAUGAAAGGUGAUGUACAGAUGUAACAGUGUUAAAGAAGAUGUGCUGUUCCGAUUUGGAAACGCUUUUCAUUAACUGUAAGCCUGUCUAUUUGCCGCGAGAGAUUUGCUCGUUCAUUCUCGUGAGUGUUUACAUUCCACUGCAAGCGCACGUGAGCUCAGUGUUACAGAAACUUGCUAAUCAGAUCACAGACACAGAACAACAACACCUGGACUCUGUUUUAAUCAUUCUCGUGGCCUUUAAUAAGGCAAAUCUCUCCCAUGAACUGCCAAAAUACAGAAAGCAUGUUACAUAUCCCACCAGAGACAGUAAUAUAUUGGACCACUGUUACACAACAAUAAAGGAUGCAUAUCAUUCUGUCCCACAGGCAGCUUUGGGGCUCUCUGAUCACUGCCUGGUUCAACUUAUACCAACCUACAGGCAAAAACUUAAAUCGGCUAAACCUGUAGUAAAGACUGUAAAGAGAUGGACUAAUAAAGCAGAGCACGAUUUAAAAGUCUGUUUCUAUUCGACUGAUUGGAGUGUUUUUGAAGCUGCUGCCACUGAUCUGGACGAGCUCACAAAGAGUGUAACAUCCUAAAUCAGUUUUUGUGAGGAUAUGUAAUCAGCCGUCAUUGAGUCUGUCCUGUGCACAUCAAUAACUGUCCGGUUUGGCUCAGCUACAAAAUCAGUGAUCAGAAGACUACAGAGAACGGUUCGGACUGCUGAACGGAUUAUCGGUACUCCCCUGCCCACCCUUCAAGAACUGUAUACAUCCAGAGGGAGGAAAAGUGCUCAGAAAAUCACUCUGGAUCCCUCACAUCCAAGUCAUCCCCUUUUUGAACUUUUGCCAUCUGGCCGGCGCUACAGAGCCACAAUUAACAGGACAGCCAGGCACAAGAAGAGUUUCUUCCCUGCAGUCUGCAGUUCUGAAUCAUGCCACGAUCUAAAAAAAACUCUCCGAAACCUGUACAAACCCGGAAGUGAGAUUUUUGGCACAGAAAUACUGUCAUACUUCCAAAUUGUUUUUUGAAACUUUGUCCAUGCUUAGCAUGAAAAUCCAAGUCUUUAACAGUGUAAACAACUCUGAAUGCAUGAAACAGCAUUGUACCCACCUAGCAUCUGUCGAUAGAGUGUCCUUGAGAUCAGAGGAGUGAGGUUUACUUGCACAGCAUCUACUCGUUGGCCUCCGUUACACAUUACUUAAGCUUUUAAGGUAUUGGCAACUAUUCAUUAGGUCAUCUGUCAAAGGCAACAUGAUUGUUGCUACAGGUUAUGCGUGUUUUGGCAAAAUAUUUGUUUUGGUCAUUGGUUAAGGGCAACAUGCUUGUUGCUUAAGGCUUGAGAUUUUGCUGUCAGUUUGUGUUGGAGGAUAUCAACAUCAGGUCUUGUUUUGGGGGGUUAUUGCUGCUCUCCCUGCUCUUAUCAAUGCAUCAGCUGACUCUCAGCUGAUC